AUGCCUCACGCAAAGCGCAUCCGUCUACGACGCACACAUCCCGGGCUUCCACACGAUCGCCAGACAGCCUGCUGCGAGCGCGGUAAAGACAGCACUCAGCUCUAUGAUACUGUGGAGUGGGAACCGACUUUUCGCUGCGAUCUGGGAACCUGUCCUGUCCUGCCGGAUAGAACAAAGACCGAGAUCCUGGGCGAAUCCCACCAUGGAAGCGGGUCCAGGGGCUGCCUUGGUGAGUUUAUUGAGUGGGAUCUCAAUAUGCCAGUCUAUGAAACCACGUACCGGAAGCUGUGUUAUAACCCAGACGACUCUAUCAGGACCUGGAAUGAGUGUGACUGGCACGACGAUACAGAUCCCCCACCCGAGGGCAAGUCUGAGGGAUACUGCAGCUCGACCUGUCCCGCUGGCACGGUGCGUCUCGCGAUGGAGAAAACAGGGGAUUGCUUAAAAUACGGCGGAAAGCGCGUCUUCUGCUGCAAAGAUGGCUACUACACAACGGAGACUCGCGAAGAUCCCUCAAUCCAGAGAUUCGCGGAUGUCCUUGAUGGCUACGAGCUGGACGGCAGUUGUGACCAUGUGCCAGGACCAAACGUGGAAGGCGAUGAUGUCGAGGUGGCUCCGCAGUAUCGCUCUGACGUGAUCGAGUUUAUACUACCUGAAACGGCCAAGAUGAUCAAGGAAGUCUCUCCAGAUGCGCGGCAAAGAAGAAUAGGAGAUAUCUGGGACGAUGAUUUCGCGCUCGAGCAUGAGGUGGAGAAUCUCCGAAUGGGCGUCAUGAAACCCAACUUGCUCAAUCACUAUGUUUUCAUCGAAAAAGGGGCCGAGUUCAUAGCGAACGGUCUGUGGUGCAGACCGCAGAUCUACAACGAGACCCUGGAGACCGAGGAUGUUCCCUGGCCCUGCCUGGGCGAUCCCUGCGACCCAGACGCGGACCCAGAUUUGUGCGAGACGGAAGAAAUAGAAGAUGGCGAUGACCCACACGUGUUGCCUGACCCUGAUGACCUGUUUAGAGGCUCGACUUCGACUUCGGAAUUGGACAAACGUGUCGCAGCCAAGGUGUUCCGCGUGUUUUGCCACACUUCCCCUGGCCCUGGGAUCCCGCAAGGUUGGCAAACCGGACUGUCCAUCAUGCCACGCCCCUACAAACGGGCGGGGCUAUGGGGUGCACACACACGUAUCUUCCGAAAUGCUCUAUCCUACAUGUCUGCCACCGACUGUGGGAACCCUGACCUGAAACCGGAGAUGAAGACCGGGCGGCACCAUGACACCGAGCAUAUCCUGGAGCUUCAGAUCAUCGCGCAGUUUCUCCAGUACGCUACCUGGGGCAGACUCGUGGACGGGUCGGACUCCGACUUUGAUCCGAUUCCUUGUGAAUUGUUCAUUCCGCAAACCCGUGGAGGCGAGGGCAUCCUGCAAGACAACAAUUACAUGGACUUGAAUAGGUUUCCUCUGUUCUCGGCGGAUUUGUUAAGUGCCGAACCAGCAGCGCGACUGAUGAACGCUUUGGGGUCGUCGACUAAUGAGGAUAAUUUCUAUCUUCUCGAGAAGGUUGUCAAUGGCAUGAAGAGUAGGAUCUUCGCCAACAAUCGUCUCAUGGACGACACGAGAAGGACUCUCCUCAUCGCCAACAUCGCAAGGCCGGGGCAGAUUCUGGGUGAGAUCAAGUCCGCAAUAGCAGUGUGGAUCUAUUUGAACCGGCCAGAUGUGCUGGACUCCCUCAAAGUCCUCGUCCGAAACGUGCGCAAAGUGUUGGUCCACCUCGAGGAAGAAUACAACGAUUGGAACCCGAAUUCCCAAAUCGACCUGCUGUCGGCCUGGGACGAAUGGUUCAACCACAUGAUCAAAUAUCACGCGGAUCGGACAGAGCGGUGGGUGGCGGAAACGAUUCAGAUGACAGCCACGUACUGGAACACGGUGGUCCCUCAGAGCCAUCCUUUCCGCCCCGCCGUCAUGGGGAGCCUCCGAACAUUGUCGGGGUGGAACUGGGCGAGGGUGGAUUGGCGGCACCCUGCCAUUGUGUAG